AUGUCUGAAUAUCACGAGCCAGACCUGCUGGAAAGGCACCAGGAAGAUGCUUCAGAUGCAGAUUCUGACCUUGAAGAGCUUGAAGGCGAUAUCGCCAGGUUCGACGCGACUGUGCAGUCAUUCCUAGCUAAGCAACGUGGUGAGGCUGUACCAUCACCUGCAGUUCGUGGAGGGCCACGAGGAAAGGGAGCUCGAGGUCCACGGAAGGCAGCCAAACCACGAGGAGACAUCACCGCACGGUUAUCCAAAGUAAACCAAGCUUUCCUUGGCGGCGACUAUUCGUUAGCAUUAGAUCUUGUAUUCGAAGUCAUCAGAAUCAACGCGGAAACGCACCAGGCAUGGACAACAUUAUCUUCCAUAUUACGAGAACAAGGCGACAUGAGUAAGUCGCUCUCGGCGAUGGUUUAUGCUGCUCAUCUCCGCCCGAAAGACGUGAAUGGCUGGCUCCAAUGCGCGUCAUUUGCCCUGGAAAGUAUCGGUAAUGAUGAAGCCGGAAAUCUCAAUACCGCAAGACUAUGCUACUCUGCUGCUUUAAGGGCCGACCACACAAACCUGGACGCUAGGCUGGGCAAGGGUUUGGUAUGUCACAGACAAGGCCAUCUUGCCGCUGCCAUCUCUGAUUACAAAGUCGUUCUGGACCACCGACCUUACGACCUCGAAAUUGUCAGAAAGCUUGCGGAAGCUUGUGUUGACAACAAGCAAGCGGAGGCGGCUGUCCCCAGUGCCAUCGCAGCCUAUAAACGGUUCUUCGAUCAUGAGAAGACCACACCCAUUAUUCAACUUGUAGAGGCUCCGUGGCACGAUAUUGGAAUCUAUGUUGAACUCUUUGCGUCAACAGGUCGCUACCAGGAGGCCAUCCAAGAAUCGAAGUCGCUAUCUAGAUGGCUCUUGGGCCGAGGGGAUGAAAAGUACUGGGAUGACUGGAACUCGGACGACCGCGAAUGGGACAUAGAAGAUGAAAGACGAGCAUGCGUCCCGGAAUUCACUGCUGAAGCCUGGAGUUCGGAUCUCUAUGGCCAAUCAUUCCCUUGGGACCUUCGUGCUCGGCUGGCUAUCUACAGGUUCCGGCUUGGCGAAGAAGAAGAAGCAAUGAAACACUUGCUAUGGUUUGAUCCGGAGUCUGUUCACACGAAAGAAUUUGCUAGUGAUUUUCCGUUCUUGACAUUCGAUCUUGCUGAAGAGUUAGCUCACCGCGGCCACACACCAGUGGCAAUCUCAUACUAUCAGAUACUUCGCGACCUACCUGGCGAUGCUGAUGCGACCAUUCUGCUGCAACUAGGACGAUGCCAUUCCGCGGUAGGAGAGAAUGCGACAGCCGAAGAGUAUUUUCUCGCUGCAAUUGACGCAGACGAAGAUAACAUUGAUGCACGCAUUGAACUGGCCAACAUGUAUGAGAAGGCCAGGGAAGAGGAAGAAGCUCUCAUUCUGGCGGCUGAGGCAAUGGCUCUUCGAGAAGCCCGAGAUCAAAGUCUUGAGGUGAAUCAGGACUCAGGCGUGGAUCCUGAAAUGUCUAACCGUCGGGCUCCUCGGCGGGUCCAAGCUGUCCCUCGAAGGACUGACGCUUUUGGGAAGCGGCUAAUUCCACGACGGUACAGGCCUAAACGCCUAGCUGGUGCUGAUAAGCGUCGACAAGAAGAGCAAGCUCGUGCUGUGAAACUGACUGAGCAGUACGAAAUCGUUCAAGAUUUGAGGAAGAAGAUUAAAGAAGGGCGCCAAGAUUUGAUUCCGGAAUGGAUGUCGUCUUCAAAAGAGCUUGUCGACGACUUCCGAUCAAUCAAGAAGUUUUAUACCUGGGAUAAGUAUUUGCACUUCCUUGGUCCAAAAAGCCAUGUGCAACAACAAGAAGCAGAUAAACCCCAAACUGAGCUUUCACAGAUGUAUGAGCGGUUGGCAAAGACUCUUGCUCCACAACCUGGAAACGAAAGCCGAGAAGCUGGGACAUCAGAGGUCGACGCACAUCAAGGGAUUUCCUUUAACAACUGGCUAGACUUGUUUCUUGAUUACGCUAUCGGGUUGGCUAUCGCACACCGUCGCGAUGAAGCAUAUCAGGUGUGCGAAGCCGCCCGAGAUUCGACCGCUUUUCAAGCUCCAGAACACGGCUUCAUCAUCUACGUUGCUUGGAGUGUUUGCGCAAUUUAUACAAGCGACGAGGAGAGGUGUAUCGCAACAGCUCGCCAGUUGAUGCGUGAAGGCGCAACAUCAGACUCGUACCGGAUGUUUGCUCUCUUAUCCAACCUUUGCCAGUCUCCAGUUUCAUGGUACACGUCAGGGCCUGCACAAAAGUACAUCCUUCGCCAAAUCAAAGCCAUGGAUGACGCUCAUACGGAAGCUGAUUCUGGCGCUGACUUGACCCAAAACAAAGAACCGGGCCUGGACGCCUGUGUUCUUAUGCUGUAUGGACACAUUUUGUUCACCUCGACAAGUUACACAUAUGCUUUAGGUUACUUUUUGAGAUCGCAAGCUCUAGAUCCCCAUAAUCCUAUGGUGAACCUAAGUCUAGGACUAGCAUAUGUUCAUUACGGCCUCAAGCGUCAGUCGACUAAUCGCCAAUACUUGUUAUUGCAAGGCCAGUCUUAUUUGUCACGAUAUGCCAAACUCGGGUCAUCUAAGCCUCCGGAUAAUUUCAGCAAAGCAGAGGCUUACUACAACAUAGGCCGCCUGUUUCAUCUUCUAA